AUGGCCUUCUUUGCCAGCAUCUGUUCUUGUUAUACUACGCAGGGUAGAAAGAAGCAAAAAGAAUCAGAUUGUUCUCCUCCACCCCACCCAGAAAUACAGCCAUCCCAGCCGGCCAAUUAUAAUCGAUAUCAACCAUUCGUCGACGAAAAUGACCCAUAUCACUCAAGCCAGCCUCUUCCAAGAUAUACAGCACGCCCGAUCAGCAUUCAGGAAAAGACUUUAGCUAUUUCAGGACGCCAAUCUAUAUGUGAUCGCGAUUAUCCACGGGAUGAAAAGGGCCAAAUCCAGGCAAACCAGAACAUAUACAAUCGCCGAUCUCCCAAUAAUAUCGCAGAAGAUGACUCUUCCGACGCAUCAUCGCAGAUUUCCUUCCCCAGCAGUCUGGGGAAUACCUCGACUGCUACUGGCGAAACGCCCCCACCUCCAUAUUCUUACUGUUCGUCGGUAGCUCAAUCCCACCGAUCAAUGUCUAUAUCUAUUCCUACUACUAAUACUGGAACGGAAACUGACGCUUCUUCGAUGAUGCUACCUUCCCCGAUUGCUACACCACCCCCUGUAUUCUGUCGGGACCACACAGGUAGUUCUCGGCGCUCAUAUGAGAGUGGAAGAAGCAGAAAGGAUUCAACUUUACCGAAUUAUGAACGGAGCUAA